AUGGAGAUGAUGACAGAGAAACAGAAGGAUACUAAGUAUAUCUGGAACAAUACUCCUGAAAAAAGCGAUUAUGAGGCUGUAGAAGCCCUGAUUUCUAUGAGUUGCAACUGGAAAUCAGACUUCAAAAAACAUGCAGAAAUGAGACCUAUAACUCCAGCAUCUGAUAUGUCAGAAGAGAGCGACGAGACUUUGCUUCCUGGAGCAGCGGACUUUAAUGCGAUACCAGCAUUUUGCCUGACUCCUCCCUACAGCCCUUCUGACUUUGAGAUGUCACAGGUGGUCCUUCCGGGGGCAUCAGCACCCACUGCAGUGCUCGGCAAGUCGCUGGCUGAGGCUGCCAAGCCUCUGGCUGCACCUUGGAGAGAAGCAGAGAGGCGUCCAGCAGCUGGGCCUCUGAAAGCUCAAGCGACGAGUGUUAUCCGCCACACGGCCGAUGCCCAGCUUUGUAAUCGCAAAACCUGCCCGGUGAGAACAGCCAGUGUGUUGAAAUACCAGGACAGUGUUUCGAGGGAAACAAACAGUAAACAAAACACCGAAGCAGAGCAUUCAGUGUGUUCCACUGUGGUGCCGAGCAGAGCCAGUGAUGAGAGCAGUGAACUGCCGGUGGCAGAAGGAAAAAACACAGAACCAGCUGUAAGUCCAGUGCCCUUGGCAAAACCCUCAGUCAGCCGACAUCAGCCUGUCCCUGGACCGGCACAGCCAUCAGUAGCAGUGGCACCGCCGUGCCCUCCCCAAGGCAGUGGAACGCCCCCAGUGCCAGUGAUUUGCCAGAUGGUCCCGCUGCCUGCAAACAACAAUGUUGUGACGGCUGUAGUGCCCAACGCCACGCCAAACCACCAGCCAGCUCUCUGUCAGCCCAUGGUCCUCAUGGGCACUCAAGUUCCCAAAGGUGCUGUUAUGUUUGUUGUGCCCCAGCCAGUGGUGCAGAGCACAAAGGCUCCUAUUAUUAGUCCCAAUGGCACGAGACUCUCUCCCAUUGCCCCUGCUCCCGGCUUCGUACCUUCUGCAGCAAAAACCGCUCCUCCGAUUGAUUCUUCAAGAAUAAGAAGUCACGUUUGCAGCUACCCAGGAUGUGGGAAAACGUACUUCAAGAGCUCCCAUUUGAAGGCUCACGUCAGGACGCACACAGGGGAAAAGCCGUUUAGUUGUAGUUGGAAAGGCUGUGAGAGAAGGUUUGCACGCUCUGAUGAACUGUCUCGCCAUCGCAGAACGCACACUGGGGAGAAGAAGUUUGUCUGCCCGAUGUGCGAGCGGCGGUUCAUGAGGAGCGACCACUUAACGAAACACGCGCGUCGCCACUUAUCGGCUAAGAAGUUGCCAAACUGGCAAAUGGAAGUGAGCAAGUUAAACGAUAUUGCCGUGCCGCCGACAUCUACAGCUGCACAGUGA